GCAUAUCGAGUUUAUAUCGCGCUAAGUAGUCCCAUCAAAGUGUUCUGUCUUUGCUCGCAAAAGUCUUGUGUCAGGUCUGUUUGGCCCUUGAAGUCCGGAGUCAUGGCUGACGACACCAACAUGAACGGCGCUGCCAAAACGCAACCAAAGGCGAAACGCAGCAGAGUCCAAUUCUCUUGUACGGCUUGCCGAUAUCGCAAACUAAAAUGUGACCGCACUCAUCCCUGCGACCGUUGCACACGGCGCGGGGAUGCAGCUUCCUGCACAUAUGUAGGUCAUGGCCCGCGCGGACGCGUGAACCAUGAUGCAGGAACAAAUCCGUCACAUAUCCAGGACCGAAUCCAGCAUUUGGAGAAUCUGAUCUUGUCUUUUGCGCAGCGAAAGAGGCAGGAAGAUGAGGGGACUAGUAGUGGCCGUACUAGUACUGCCCGAGGCAGUAACUCGGCGAGUGCUACACCGGUUAGCAAUACCAAUAAUAAUGACAGUAAUCAUAUGAAUGGUGGAGUGAAAGGUUUACCGGAUCAGAGGCCUUCGGUACGGACUGAUCCGGGGAAGUUGUUGAACGGUGGGACUACGUAUGUGGAUUCUUCGCAUUGGCAGGCUAUUCUUGAUGAUGUAUGUCCCUCUUUUGAAUUGUCGGACCGUGCUGAUCAUUAUAUAUCGAUAGCUCAAGGAAGUCAAGAAAUAUGUGCAGUCGAGGUUGAGCAGGAUGCGAGUCGUCCUACAUUGCUGUUUUAUGGUGAUCGUGUCCCGACGAAGCAGGACUUAAUUGCAGAUUUGCCGGAAAGGGAGGUUGUGGAUAGACUAAUUGCGAAAUUCUUCAACUCUGAUGAUCCGAUGCUGGCUAUUAUUCACUUCCCAACCUUCCAUAGAGAGUACAAUCAAUUCUGGAACGACCCCUCGCGAGUGUCGCUGCCAUGGCUCGCCUUCUUGUAUGGCUGCAUGACCAUGGCCGUAGGCAUAUUCCGUCGCAGCAUGGAAACACUACCUUCUCCAUUAGGCGAUGCAGUAGACGAAAUCAACCGAUUCCACAGGCGUUGCUGCCAUUGUCUAAUCAACUCAAAUUAUACCACUGUCGGCAGAUACAAGGUCGAAGCUUUGCUAAUAAACGCAACAAUCGAAUACACAAAAAGGGGUAACUCAUCAAUGAGCGUUUCAAUCGUCCUAGGAAUUGCAAUCAAACUCGCUAUGAGAAUGGGCUAUCAUCGCGACGCAAAGCAUUACGAUACUCUAUCCGCAUUAGAAGGAGAAAUGCGUCGACGCACGUGGGCAAUUCUCUCACAACUAGACACACUAACAUCCUUCCAAGUUGGUAUCCCCAAACAAGCACAGAGUUGGCAAAGCGAUACCGACUUACCGCGAAACAUCCACGAUGGAGACUUUGACGAGAAUUCAAUCGAGUUACCUCCUUCAUUACCAGAAACCGUUCAAACGCCCGCUACAUAUCUACGAUCAAAGAAUCGGAUCAUGGCCAUGUUUGGCAAAAUCUGCGAUCAUGUCUACUCACGUCAACCGUCUACGUACGAGAAAAUCCUCGAAUUGGACCGCGGGCUUGAGGAGGCGCAUGAUCUGAUGGCGUCGGCGCUUCGCAUGCGGCCCAUGAAUCAAUCCUUUGCCGAUAAUGUGAGCAUUAUCAUGAAACGAUAUACCCUAGAUGUAUUAUACCAAAAGGCCCGCAUUGUGCUGCAUAGGAAAUAUCUCGUUGAAGCUCGCUAUAACCCGCAACUGAGUUACUCACGCUCCGUAUGUGUGACGGCUGCAAAGGAGAUUCUUCGUCAUCAAUACGAUCUUUACAAGGAGUCGCAAGUGGGUGGGAGGUUGGAGAAGGAUGCUUGGUUUUUCAGGUCGCUUCAAAAUAGUGAUUUUGUCCUGGCAGCGAUGGUUGUUUGUCUUGAAUUAUUCAAGAAUAAUGACACUGUCACUGUCUCUAAUACGCAGCAACAAAACGACAGCAGUCCUGCUAGAGAUCUCAACGAAAGGAAUAAGCUGAUUGAAUCACUGCAAAAAUCUCUUGAAGUCUGGAAGGAGAAUCUGAAGCAUUCGGUCGAGGCGCGAAAGGCGUUUUAUGCGGUGAAUGUUAUGUUGAAGAAAGCCGAGAUUGAUGAUGAGGCCAGAAAGAGAGGUAGUCAAAGUCCUACACAGAUUACGUCGAAUAUGUCUAUGUCCAGUACCCGGGGGAGGACACUGGAUCAUAUUUCAAUGGGAGAAAGUGCGUCUACUCGUGAGAUUGGGGCUAAUGGUCAAGAUGUACAAAUGGAAAACUACAUUCCAUCAAAUAUAUCAACCAUCCUCACACCACCUAUAUCCAAUACCUCCCACCAACUGCCCGACAGACACAACAGCACCAUCCAACCCUCCGCGCCAGCACCGAACCUCGACGUCUUCCCACAACCAUACCUCGACUUUCAAUCCUCAUUACCAGGUCUAGAAAUUAUAGAGAAUAUGCUCGAUACACCACAAAACCUUGACUGGCAUGCCUGGGACGGACAUAUGCAUGACACUAACCCGUCGCUGUGGGAAGAAGCAUACUGGAAUAAUUCGAGCGAGGGGUUACAGGCACAGACUAAUACGAAUAGGAAUGGGGGUAAUGAUUUGAUGCAUGUGGAUGAUGUGAAACAUCAUCAACUAGAAGCACGCAACAUCUCCGCUGAUAGUAACGACAACACUAAUGGAAAUGGGACGAGUAAGAUGGAUGAUUCGCUGUAUUCGCUGUAUACCGCGCGAGGAUAUAGGGGAUAGAAUGUGUUUGUACUUAGCAUUGCAUAUAUUUAUGUACAGGGUAGGUCACCUAUGUGCGGAUACUGCCACAGAUAUUGUUGCCUGGUUUGAUGUAAAUAAUCCUCCAAGGUUGGUUUGUACAUAUCUGACACGUCG